AUGGGAACUAACAAGGAGUGGGUGUGGUCCACUCAUGAUCAUAAAUGUCCAGCUAGAGACCAUGUAAAGCCCACUGUCUUUGAGCUGAUUUCCAUCAGUAAGAGCCGUAGAGCCCUGCUGAGAGUGGGAUCAGGGUUCAGAGCUCCUCUGUUUCCUCAGCUGGCGGUUCCUGACGUCACAGAGGCCUCAAGCGGAGCCGACUUCCUGAUCUUCGUCAUUCCUCAUCAGUUUAUUGGGAAGAUCUGUGACCAGAUGAAACCUCACGUCAAACCUGGAGCCACGGGCAUCUCCCUCAUUAAAGGCAUCGAUGAGGGUCCGGAUGGACUGACCCUGAUCUCUGACAUCAUCAGGUCCAAGCUGGAGAUCGAGGUCAGUGUGCUGAUGGGUGCCAACAUCGCCAGCGAGGUGGCCGAGGAGAAGUUCUGCGAGACCACCAUCGGAGCCACUAAUGAAUCCAACGGCAAGGUCUUCAAAGAGCUUCUGCAGACGCCGAACUUCCGCAUCACUGUGGUGAAGGAGAGCGACACGGUGGAGCUGUGUGGAGCGCUGAAGGUACCGGAGACACACAAUCAUCUAGAAGUCAUCUUUAAAGCAUCGUCUCACUUGUUCAGAUUGCUGAUGUUAUGGAAGCUUAGAUGUUAUUUACCUGUUGUUUCUGUUUUUCAUCAGUCAAUAGCGGAGCUGGAAGCUGAGAUGUUGAACGGUCAGAAGCUCCAGGGUCCUCAGACGUCUGCAGAGGUUUACAAGAUCCUCCAGAAGAAGAACAUGGUGCACAAGUUUCCUCUGUUCGUCUCCGUGUAUCAGAUCUGUUUUGAGGGCCGGCAGGUGCAGGACUUCAUCAGCUGCCUUCAGAACCAUCCAGAACACAUGUGAGCGACCCGAACCGAACCGAACCGAACCGAAGCCAAGCGAUCAGAAACACACACACACUAACAUUAGCCUGAAUCUACUGAGCUGCACUCACACCUCACCUAUUACGAGAAGAGAAUUAUGAGUCGUCUUAAGUCCAGAAUGAUGAGAGUAUUUGUGUCAUUUCUGACUCAGGACUGUAACGCUGGUAAACGCACAUGUGCAGCAUUUUAUGUUUGGAGUUUUGAUCAUAACUGUUCUAUAGAGAAUGUAAUACUUUAUAACACAAUCAAUAAAAGCCAUGCUGCUUAUUUGAAUCUUUUAA